GCGAAUGCAAUACCGGCUCGUGGUCGUCGCUACCGCCGCCGCCGUUCACGGUUCUCUUCUCGACAGGACCGGACGACGAUCUCGUUCAUAGCGUUCGUGCUGCCGCUGCCGCUACUCACGGUGUUGGUUCUGUUCCGCCGCCGCCGCCCGCUGCGCCCGAUUAGCACUUUCUCUCUCUCUCUCGAUUCGAUCGCUCGCGAACAGCGUUUAACAACGUGUUAAGAAAAACAAAGAGCUAAAAGAGAGCAAACAUGUGCGACGAGGAAGUUGCCGCGCUCGUAGUUGACAAUGGAUCCGGCAUGUGCAAGGCUGGCUUCGCCGGGGACGACGCACCCCGCGCCGUCUUCCCCUCGAUCGUCGGCAGGCCACGCCACCAAGGUGUCAUGGUCGGUAUGGGACAGAAGGAUUCUUACGUCGGUGACGAGGCUCAAUCGAAAAGGGGUAUUCUAACCUUGAAAUAUCCGAUCGAGCACGGUAUCGUCACCAACUGGGACGACAUGGAGAAGAUCUGGCAUCACACGUUCUACAACGAACUGCGAGUGGCUCCGGAGGAACAUCCCGUUCUUCUCACCGAGGCACCCUUGAAUCCCAAGGCUAAUCGCGAAAAGAUGACGCAAAUCAUGUUCGAGACGUUCAACACCCCGGCCAUGUACGUGGCAAUCCAGGCCGUCCUGUCACUCUACGCUUCCGGUCGUACCACCGGUAUCGUCCUGGACUCGGGCGAUGGCGUUUCCCAUACUGUACCGAUCUACGAGGGAUACGCCCUGCCGCACGCUAUUCUCCGUUUGGAUCUCGCCGGCCGCGACUUGACCGACUAUCUCAUGAAGAUUCUCACCGAGAGAGGAUACUCCUUCACGACUACGGCUGAACGAGAGAUCGUUCGUGACAUCAAAGAGAAACUCUGUUACGUCGCGCUGGACUUUGAGCAGGAAAUGGCCACUGCGGCCUCUUCCUCCAGUUUGGAGAAGAGCUACGAGCUUCCCGACGGUCAGGUCAUCACCAUAGGCAACGAACGAUUCCGUUGCCCCGAGGCUCUCUUCCAACCCUCGUUCCUAGGUAUGGAAGCUUGCGGAAUUCACGAGACCACCUACAACUCGAUCAUGAAGUGCGACGUCGACAUUCGUAAGGACCUCUACGCCAACACCGUUUUGUCCGGCGGUACCACCAUGUACCCUGGCAUAGCCGACAGGAUGCAGAAGGAGAUCACUGCCUUAGCUCCGUCUACCAUGAAGAUUAAGAUUAUCGCCCCACCAGAGAGGAAAUACUCCGUAUGGAUCGGUGGAUCGAUUCUCGCCUCGCUCUCCACCUUCCAACAAAUGUGGAUCUCGAAGCAAGAGUACGACGAGUCUGGACCCUCCAUCGUCCAUAGGAAGUGCUUCUAAACGCGUUUCUGAUCGCGCGUAUACACAUACACUAUCACAUUCCCCGAUCCCCGAGACUUUGAGAGAGAGAGAAAGAGAGAGGGGCUUUUGUCUCGUUUCGCAGGCGGACGUAACAUCAACUUCCGCGACGAUUGCCCUUUGGUUCCUUCUUUGGGGCAAAGGUAGCUUCUUUCAAUUCGGAUGUACGUGUUUAAGAUACGCGCGAGGUGAGGUAAGCGUGUAAGCGAUAAAAUGAGAGGAGCUUACGAUAUAUAUAUAUAUAUAUAUAUAUAUAUAUAUAUAUAUAUAUAUAUAUAUAUAUAUAUAUAUAUAUAUAUAUAUCACCCUCCUCCCGCGCGCGAUUGUUCCUCGGCGACGAUCCGAUAAAGAUACGAUAAAGAUCGACGACUCGUUCUUGCUCGUUUAAACACCAUCAUUUUCCAUCGUUUUUUCAUCGAUUUGAAGUAACGAUCUUAAACAUGUACCCCGAUUCCCGAAUACCUUUUUCUACCUUGUCUUAUAUCGAGUCCUUUGUAUUAUAUAUUUGAACAACUUGUGUCUAUACGAUAGCAUUUAGCUAAACAUUCCUCGCGAGACAUCCUUCUCUCAACGCGAGAGCAGAACGCUUCUUUUUACGUUGAUUCGUUGCCUCCCCCCCCCCCCCCGUAAAAGUUGUACGCGUAAACCUCGAUUGCCAUUCUUUGAGAAUUCAAGCGAGAAACAUUCACGCGGAUAACAAACUUUUCCGUCGCGGGAAAGAGACCGUCGUUUUAUUCUACCCGCAAACGAACGAUCGAGUACGAAUGGCACAAUGGCAAUCAAAGUCGAUCAAUGCAUUCCGAUCAAUGUGCGGUAUUUUUUAAGAGUUGCUUGCGUCUGAAUAUAUACGUUGUACGUCAUUCCGCGCAGAGAGACAAGCCUCUUGUUUAUUUCGUUUUUUAUUACAAUUUGCCUAUCGUUGAGGGAAAAGAUGGCCUUUCUUUGUCUUUAUUCCUUUUUUUCUUUUUUUUUUACACGAUGGGGUAAACCGCUAAUCUGAAAUAGUCUUACCAAUGUUCGCUCAAACAAACGGAAAAAAAAAGAAAGGCACCACGGUUUUGACCCCGUAAGCGUAGCCAAAGUAUUAUAAUUUAUUCCCAUUGUAUUGCGCAAGACCAUUCACGUACACAUCUUAAAGACUACUUUAGACUUAUGGGAUUAUAAAAUAAAAGUCUGAAAAAACA